AUGGACGAUGACGAGCGAGGCUUCAUUCGGGAACAGCUAGACGGUCUCUAUCAGCCGCUCCGUGCGCCUUCUGGCGGCUCACUGGGCGAGGACGAGCGGGGAAAGACGCUUCGUUCGACCGCAAUCGAAGAGAUAUGUGCUCAGAUUGACGCUUUUAUGGCCAAAGCUCGGCACGACAAGCUGCUCAAGGACGAAGAGAUUGACCAGCUCGUACGGCAGAUUGACAUCCUGAGGUCAGAGGAAGCCCAGCGUGAGAUGAACAAGCGCGACAAGGCAGCGCAUCCCGACGGCCUCUUUCUCACGACCGCACAAGCCCAGUCAAACUGGGUGGAGGCGCUGCCUCAGAGCUGGCCGCAUGGGGAUGCACGUCAACGGAAAGCGUACGAAAGGUUAUUGCGCAAGGUCCAGAAUGCGCACGAGCAACGCGACACGCUCCAGCAGCAGGAUCAGCAUUACAAGAAACUCGAGCACUUGGUCGUUGAUGCCAUGCAAUGA